AUCCCACAAUUCACACAAUCUUACUUCUUUCUUUCGACAAUAAAAGUCCCUUGCAAGCAUGAAGGUUUUUUCUUUGAUCACUAUCUUUUUGGCUGCCGUGGGCCAUUCACAGGCUGCGAGCAAUUUGCGUGGAGGACGACAAUUGAUGGAAAUUCACGGCAUGGUGGAAGCAACUUUUGCGCCAUCUGACGUAGAGACAGACUUUCCUAUCACAGACGCUCCUUCGGAUGGUCGCAAGUUAUCUCAAGAAGGAGAACGAGAACUGGAAGCCACUGGAUCGCCUACUGAACUUGCAGUUGGUGGAGUGAUAGAAGCAACGUUUGUGCCCACUUUUGAUGACGAAGAAGAGACAGGUGCUCCCGCCACAGAAGCUCCCUCUGCUGAAUAAAAAGUCCACACGGAAAGAAUGGCUUUGACACACGCAAGGCGAAUGGCAUUGGUGCGUGUGUGUGUUUGCGCCGCGUCAACCGUGACAAUCGCUACCGAACAAGCACAAUGUGGGAUGACGGUGGUGACUCGACUCGGCAGUACAGUACACGUACGGUACUGAUCGUGGAUUUGCGGAUUCGAUUCAAUCGAUUGCGACUGGCUGGCUGAUUGCAAAGGUGAUAAGGAAUGCACGCAGCGAUUGGAGUGAGUACUGGCAACGUACUAACUAAACACAGGUGUUUGAAGGUUGGUUGACGAUGUUGGUCCGUGCUGGUGGAAACUGUAGAAGUAAUGUUAUAAAAGUAAUGAAACUUUGCAAGC